UUGCUGUCAUAAAGUAGGUCACAAAAGUCAGCAAAAAAACGAUUUUUUUUUGUUAUUUAAAUGCCAGUACAAUAUUCUUUUUAAUUACUACCUCGCAGAAAAAAAACGCUGCAGUGAUCAUUAAAAUAGUCUAGUCUUUCUCGGCGACAUUCGUUUCUCGCACAGUUUUCGUGUGUACCUAUGUGAGAAGUGUUCGCCGAAAAUCGUUUCGAUUACAUAGAAAUGGCAAGUAAUGCGGAUUUUAGUCAUAGUUGCGAAAUUUGCGGAUUAGAAGGCCUUACCGAAGACGAAUUUAGAGUACACACGCGUACGGUGCACGUCGAGGGCAGCGGUUAUUGUCCCUUUUGCGGUUUAUCGACUGUAUCGUCUUCGGAGCUUAUUUUGCACGUAAAUCAGGCGCAUUUGGAUUUUUUAACUCCCGAAUCCGAACAUAAUAUUGGUUUUAUUGACGAUCCUAGCCCUAGCGAAUUCAAUGGUCUCAAUGGCGAAAAUCGUUGGAAAUGCGAUGACUACCAAUCGAGGCACAGCUCUCUUUACCAGGAAGGGACAAUCAAAAGCAACAUUAAUAUUAAUAAAAAUUCAAAGGUAAACGGAGGCGGCGAAUUGAGUCCUAACGUGUCCGGCCACGGUCGGGGUUCGCCACUCCGCUCCAAUUUGGAACUAAAAUUGAAGAACUCCCAAACGAACUACCAAUGUCCCAUGUGCAAUUACUCGAAUUCGAAUCCCAACGUCUUGGAAGAGCACGUCAACAGGAGCCACUUCGAUUUGAUCUCACCGUCGGUGGGCGACAACAGCGCCACGACGGCGACGUCGGCGAACGUGACCGGCUCCGAGUCGUACGUCUGUCCGUUGUGCGCCAAAUCGUCCGAUUCCGCGUCCGAUUUGGAGCUGCACGUCAACAUCGAGCACCGCGACAUCCUCUCGCCCGCCAGCUCGACCACGCAGAGCUGUCCCAUCUGCGGCGUCGCUUUGGACGGAGACGUUAACAGCGAAAAGGCCGCCGGUCACGUCGAAUCGCACUUCCCCGCCGGUUCGCCGGCGCGACCGCCCCAACCCGCCGAAAGGGCGGCGCUCAAGGAGCGCGAACGCCGCGAGUUCGAGAUGCUCCGGGCGCAAUACGGCAUGGACAAUCAGGGUAAUUUCAAAGAGCAAUCCGUCACCAAUAUGCAAAGGGCCGUCUACGCCGGCGAAAUGUCCGUCUCCGACUACUACGAACGAACGCUCGAUCUCAGGGCGUCGGAGAGUUGCGGCGUCGACGACGGCACCUCCGUCACCAAGAGCAUGGUGCCGCGCCUGAAGGCGUUGUCGGGCAAUUCGAAUCAGACGAAAACGCUGUUGUGCACGUGCGUCGAUCAUUACGCCUCGUCGUACGGCGACAGAGGCUGGGGCUGCGGCUAUCGCAACGCGCAAAUGCUCAUCUCCAGCCUGCUAAAUCACACCGGCUACAACGAGAAGUUGUACGCCAUUUGGAAGGAGCAGAAGCCGCCGCGGAACUCGGUGCCGAGCAUAUCGCGCGUACAGGGCCUGAUCGAGCGGGCGUGGGCGCGCGGCUUCGAUCUGCAGGGCGCCGAGCAGCUCGGUUCGAGAUUGGCGAACACCAGAAAGUGGAUAGGCGCCACCGAAGUGGUGACGUUGCUGUCGUCGUUGUGGAUUAAAUGCCAGCUGGUGGAUUUCCACAAGCCGACCGGCGCGGCCGGUACCCAUCCGGAGCUGUUCAAUUGGGUGAGGAGGUACUUCGAGAGCUCCGUCGACGGGGAGUUUACGCCGCCGUUGUACUUGCAACAUCAAGGUCACAGCCGGACGAUAAUGGGUAUCGAAAUUCCAAAAGACGGGAAUUGUUCGUUGCUGGUGUUGGAUCCUAGUCAUUCGCCGCAACAGAUGGCCAAAUUGGGAGAUUCGAAUAGUUAUUCCUCGAUGCGGUUGUUGAGGAAAAACGAAGCUUCGAUGAAAGCUAGACAAUACCAAAUCGUAGCUGUAAUAGGGAUGAUCGAAAACGAGCAACAAUAUCAACAAAAUAAAAUUCUUCGAGGUCUUCGAAUACCGCAGGAUCGGUGAGAGUGGCACCCGAUGGGAUUUUUAGGGAACGACAAUGCAAUCGAAUUUAUUAGUUUUGACAUUCUUUUCUCGAGAUCUAAAAUCACGUAAUUUGACACUUUCAAAUCUCUCUUUACCCUUACGAAAUACACGAGUUUUGUUGGCGAUUACGCUAUUGCAUUUCGGUAUAAUUUAACGCGUUGUUUCGGAUUUUUUACAAUGUUAUGGAAAUCUCGACGAAAUCAGGCGAACGAUUGAUAUUCGCGGAGAAAAAAAAACAAAAAAAAAGAUUAGCUAAAAAUUUGCUUGACGAUUAUAAAAAUAAAAAAUUUUCGGUACUUGUUAUUUCAUCGAAAAUAAAUUUAAAAAUUCA